CCGUUCUUCCCGCUCAGGCUGCGGCGUGCAUUCAACACAACGUUGGCUUCGCUCGGCGGCGUGUUUUGCGGCGUUGGCGUCAAGCCGAAGUUGAGCGUCGCAUCACGACCGUCGACUCGGUUUGCGCGGGCGACCGACUAGCAAGCCGCGGCGCCGGCAGGCUUCGUCGCGACCGCAACCACUUGUUGCAGCUUCGGCGGGCACGCCGCAUUGCAUCGCUGCUCCGCGACUCCGUCCGCAUAUGUUCCAUACUCGCCUCACCUGGCCGUGACACACACACACUCGAUGAACGCGCCCUCGCUGUUGGAGCUUGCCGACUGGUCGUCGGAAGCAGCGACGACACGACUCGCCACCACCUGCCGUUCGUACUACGCCGUGCACCGGCAUUGCUUGCUUUGCGGCGUGUGCUUGUAACGGCGAAAACCGCGCGCCUGUGUGAUUGUGGGCGCGUGCACGGAACGGUUUGCCUUCACUGCCCGGACUCACCACCGUACCGGCUGGCUCGUCACGUGUGUCGUGUUGGACCCCGCGCGGGAUAUUUUUAAAAGCCACACCCGCCCCUUCUGCCUCGGAGGACGGAGGGGCCCCAUUCGGCGGCGCCGGCGGCUUCGGCUUUGCGGCUUCCUGGUUCUUCCAAGGUCGGCGGCGUUAUAGUUGUGUGGUGGGGAGGCCCGCAGUGGACCGGCCGGUUGUUUGCUUCGGAAGAUUCGUCUUUUCGUCGUGUUUCGUCGGUGUGAGGCGCUGAACUGCAAUCGUUCAGAUUUGUGUGCCGUUGUGUGCUCAAACUCUCUUGCGUUGCGUAGUCGCCUGACGUGUGGCUCUUCAGAGGCGAACCAUACACUCCCGCCUGCACCUCUAAAGAGUGCUGUGUGCUUACUGGUGCGUGACAGCCAUCGUCUGCAAGACAGACUUAGAAGAGCGUGAGUCUGACGGGCGUGUGCCGGCAAGCCGUCGUGUCUUGGCGUAGUUGUCGUCGUGAUCGUCGUGUGGUGUUGCAAGGUCCGCGGUGUGAACGCUGGCGCCUUGUUUGAUCACCCGCUGCGCCGGUGCAUCUUCGUUCGACGGGCGGGACCCAACCUGAGCGAGACGGGCGGCAGUGCUGUUAUCUGAGAAGGGGCGUGGGAGAUCCGUCGGGCUGCUUUACUCAGCUCAUCGUCGUCGUAGUCGUUUCGGCAGCUUUAGAAAACCCGUCGUCCGGCCAUGGGUCUGGGAGUGAAGGUGGAAGAACGUCGCCUUUCUUGGAACACGUGGAACAACAAGGCGCCCAUCUACAAACUGGGUGAGCGUGGUGCUGGCCUAAAGAACCGCAGCGGACGCAUCCAGGACUUUGACCAGCUGCGCAAGGAAUGCCACGCCAAUGGGGUGCUCUUCGAGGACCCAGAGUUCCCCUGCAAGGGCAGCUCUGUUUGGGGCAACAAGGACCCUAAGUUCCCCAUUGCCUGGCUUCGGCCACCGGAAAUGUGCAAUAAUCCAAAGCUGUUUGUGGAUGGAGCAUCAAGAUUUGAUGUUGUUCAAGGAAGUGUUGGGAAUUGCUGGAUGGUGGCGUCUACUGCCAACCUGACGCUGAGCGACGAGCUGUUCUCCCGUGUGGUCCCUGAAGACCAGUCAUUUGACCAAGACUAUGCAGGCAUCUUCCACUUCCGAAUUUGGAAAGCCAAUCGGUGGAUCGACGUGGUGAUAGAUGACCGGCUACCAACACUUGACGGCAGCCUCAUCUUCAUGAAGUCACGCUCGGGCAAUGAAUUCUGGAGUGCCUUGCUUGAGAAGGCUUAUGCCAAACUCCACGGCAGCUAUGAGGCACUCAGUGGGGGCUCGGCGUGUGAGGCUAUGGAGGAUUUCACAGGCGGCCUCACGGAAUCCAUCGACCUCAAAAACCCACCUAAGCAACUGUUUGUGCUCAUGCUGAAAGCAUAUGAGCGCUCUUCACUGAUGAGCUGUUCGAUCCCGGUGGGCUCAAUCCCGGAAGAGAAGCUGGCCAGCGGGCUUGUUGCUGGCCAUGCCUACAGCAUCACUGCUGUGCGGCUGGUGUACAUUGAACGGCUGAAGGGUCGGAUGCCCUUGAUACGGCUGAGGAAUCCCUGGGGAGAUGACACCGAGUGGAGAGGGGCCUGGAGUGACCAGUCGCGAGAAUGGUCCCUUGUGUCACCCGAGGAGAGAGAAGCUAUUGGCCUUACAUUUGACGCCGAUGGUGAAUUUUGGAUGUCAGAAAGGGACUUUGUGCGGGAGUUUCAAUUUUUAGAAAUCUGCAACUUGGGCCCCGACUCGCUAGACAGUGAAGUACUUUCAGACGCAUCAAAAAAGAAGUGGGAGGUGUCCAUCUUUGAAGGAUCCUGGGUUCGAGGUGCCACUGCUGGAGGUUGCAGAAACUACCUUGAUACCUUCUGGGUGAACCCGCAGUAUUUCAUCACGCUGGAGGACCCAGACGAUGACGAUGAGGAGCAGAACUGCACCUUGAUAGUGGCACUCAUGCAGAAGAAUAGGCGGGCAGCCAGGACUCUAGGGGCAGGACUGUUCCUUACCAUUGGCUUUGCCCUCUACAAGAUUGACGACCCCGACAACUGUCCGACGCCGUUGGACAUGACAUUCUUCAAGUACAACCCGUCGGCGGCACGGUCACACACGUUCAUCAACUCGAGGGAGGUGACGACACGCUUCCACCUGCCUCCUGGCACCUACUGCGUGGUGCCCUCCACUUUCGAGCCCAACCAGACGGGAGAAUUCCUCCUGCGGAUAUUCACCGAAAAAAGGAACAUUUCCCAUGAACAUGAUGUACCUCCUGCCAUUGUUCCUCCUGCCGAUAAUGUUCGUGCGAAAGAAGAGGACCCCAGUUCUGAUCGUGCUCGGCAACUGCGAGCGCUGUUUGCCAAGAUUGCUGGUGAUGACAUGGAAGUGAACAGCUAUGAACUCCAGAAGAUUCUCAAUAUGGUCUUCCGCAAAGCAGUGCGCCGCAUGGUGUCAAAGCCACCACCGCCUGAGCAAGAUUGCGAUUGGCGCCAGUUGCUUAAGUGUCUUGACUGCUUUAGCUCACAAUCUCCCCAGGAAAAUGGUGACGAUGACGAAAUUCGGUCUGAGCAGUUUUCUCUGGAUGUGUGCCGGAGCAUGGUGGCACUCAUGGACGACGACCAUUCAGGAAAACUUGGACUGGAUGAGUUCAGAGCUCUCUGGAUCCUAAUUAGGACCUGGAAGAAUGUCUUCACUGCAUUUGACAAAGAUGGAUCAGGCUUUUUGAACACGUUCGAGCUGAGGGCUGCCUUGAAUUCCGCCGGAUACCAAGUGAACCAGCAUAUUCUCAAAGCUCUGGUCCUACGGUACGGCAAUGACGAUGGAAACAUUGCUUUUGAGGACUUCAUUGGUUGUGCUGUUAAGCUGAGGACCAUGAUAGAGGUGUUCAAGGAGAAAGACACAAGGAGUAUUGGAAGUGCAGUGUUUACAAUUGAUGAGUGGCUGGAGAACACGAUGUAUGCAUAGGAUGCCGGAUGCAACUGACACGUGACGAUCUUGGAUAUGUCUUCUUGGGGAAUCCCAGCCAACAAACUGCCAACUCCUGUCACUUCCAACAUCUCUUUUGGGUCUUUGCCUUAAUACAAGUGGACUCCUCUUGUAAUGCAAGGCUUUAAAAACUCGUGCUCCCUGUCAUGCAUAGCUUCUGCAAAGUGUCGGUGCUGCUAGCAUUGUGUACCAAAAAUGACAUCAUACAGCAGCUUAGUUUCGGGGGUCGACUUUUGUAGCUUGACGUAAAUGCUAUUAAGUGCUGCUUUGGAUGCUCACAACUAGUCAUCUUGCUAAGACAACCAUUAGAAGCUGAAAGCCUUGCAUUUUUACCUUAUGCGCUGUGAUUGUCUUUAUCCAUGUUGAGCAUGUCAAUAAUGUCGUCUGCUCUCCCUAAUCGAGAUCCAUCUGGGGCAAUGUUCUUCGUUUUUUCGGGAUGUCUAUGACAUUUAACUGUGCUUUCAGCAUUAUGCAGUUUAACUUUGUUAUAAUGAAGUCUAUCAACAAAAUUCACAAUUUAGUGAAUGUUGCUUUCAUUUGCCCAGCUUAGCCCCAUUGGAGGUGUGUGUUUUAUACCCCAAUAUUUCUUUUGGGAUUUUAUUCAUAUACUCUUACUUACGAAGUAUUGGCCAUCAGAAGAGUUCGAGGAAGCAGUGAAAUAGUCUAAUCUAUUGAAAUGUAGAAGCCCCGCUACAUACUGUAUAACAAAUAUCAUUACUUUUGAAGCUUUUGGUUGGAUGUAUGACUUCAUUAUAUUGAAUUUUGACUGCACUUUGCAUAAGUGGUGUAACUUUAUUAUUAUUUUCUAAUAUGCAACAUUGGCUGAGUUUGCUGUCUUUAUUUUUUUGGCAACAGAAAGGCCGGAAUAGCAGCACAUUUUUCAAAGCACUUCUGAGAAGUGUCAUAUUCACUCUCAGGAAGGGGAACUCUUAUUUUCCCUCCAUGUCUUGUUACGUUAUAUCCUUGUAAGUGUGCAUGGAUCUUGGUGGAUGUGUUUAAGUAUCUUGACGCAUCAAAUGUAUAAAAUACAGAUGCAUCUGAAGUAGAGACAUCUUUUAUGUAUAUGAUGCUCUUUCUUUUCCCUCUUAUUUGUCUUUAAAUGGACUAUCAACAUAAAGUUAUCUGUCAACCUUGUUGGUUGUAAUCAAAAUGCUGUGGAGCCAUUGCACUGGCCGAGGCAGUGAUAUGGACAGCACUCUAUGUUGUCUUUAAUUAAAAACAAUUGUUUAGGAUUACAUAUUGAACACCAAUAAAAGUGGCUGGCAGUGGUUACAUUUACUGUCAGCUGUUUACCAUGGCUAGCUUCUACUCUUAUUCUUGUGUUCCUUUGAUAUUGAGAGAUUAGAAUUUCUUGUCGAUCUAAGUAAGUCAGGUGCACUGUAUUUCUACGUCCCUGUUUGAUGGCGGUACUCCUUCUUCUUACAUUAUUCUGCCUAUCCCUUGUUUUGUUAUGUAUCGUUAUGCCUGUUGAGGCAGCCAUUAUAAGUUGCAAUCUUCCAGACAUUUGUUUUUGUGACUGUUGUGCACUUUUUGUUCUAACAAUAUUCAGAAGCGCUUUUUUGUUGAUCAAAAUAAUAAAGAACCCGAACACACCUUCUGGA